AUGGCAUCAGGCCGCAUCAGUCCUGUUCGGCCAUCGAUCCGCCUCUCUCCCUCACACUCGCGAGCGAAUUCACGGUCGACCUCUCCGGAGCGGAAUCCUGGGUCAUUGUACCCCAAAAUCGACCCUCUCCUCAGCAAUUUGUCUCCCGAAUCGACGUUGAAUGCCCUCACUUCCACCGACGCCGUGCCCUCGGAUGCAAACUUCUCUCACGAUGUCCUGUCACAAAGCAUAUCGCAAGUCUCUCCCGGAGAACGUGCCUUGGGGAUUCGAGCCGCCAUAGCUGCCCGGAACCUGAACUCUUGGUACAGAGAAGUGCAGUCAUGGACAUGGCCGGCCCAAAAGGACGCGAAGGAAGGGAAGGGGUUCGUUCCUCCGGGAGAACCACAUUCGGGUGCAGGUGAGUAUUAUGGAAGUCUGCCAGCCACGACGGUGGAACAAUACGAAUUGAGAAUCGACGAAAUACGUGACGAAAUGGACAAUUUAAAUGUGGAGGAGUUGAAGGAGCAUGUUCUUAAUGCCCACAUUCCAUCCCGUUCUCGCCCUUCGUCUGCCGCUAGCAUUGCCUCCAUGCCCCCGCCGCUCAGUUAUGUUCAACUCAGUGACUUUACCGCCGUCGUCACCGCAACGAUCCUCCGUGCCCUGCCAUACCUCUCUCGUCUCAGCAGCUUACUAGCUACCUGGGAUGUUCGACUCCUUGUUCUCCGCCAGGUCCCAGGUCUCCUGCGAGAGCUGGAAGCAACCCGUACCCUCUUGAAUUCUUCCUUCGAUGCGUUACGAAUUCCCGAUUGCUCCAAUACCACCCUUAACUUUACGUGCGGCUCCGAGAUCGACAAUGCAAAGAUUAAGCUGGAAUUGGCAGUCGUUUCGGUAGGGAGACGGAUGGACCGUGCUCUGGACGUCCUCGAGGGACGCCAGGAUUCUCUACCUGAACAAUGGAUUGACGACCUCGAAGCGAUCGAGUCUGAGUUCGCGGCGUGGGUAGUGGAGGCUGAGAGGUACAAGCUACGAAUCGAGUGGCUCGCGAAGGAAAAGGCCAAGGAAGACGAAUUAUCACAGGAUGUCGAGCCGGAGCCGGAGCAAGAGAGACCCUUGGAGACGCAACGCUCAGCCCCAACAGAGUCGGAAAUUCAAAAUGAAACCGGCACUGCAACAGCGCCAGCCGAGGAGGUGCCUAAGAUAGAAGUCGAAGACAUCACCCUGGCAAUUGAAGAGCCUAGCCCUGAACUGGAAACAAAUGCGUCGAGGAUGGAAGUUGAACAGGUGGCUCCAGCAGCUGAAUAUCAAGGCGAGAAGCCAGAACCAAUUGCGCCGAAGAUUGGAGCUGAAGAGGUGACCACUUCGACUGAAGAGCCUCUCGCCGAACCGGAACCAGUCAUACUGAAGGUGCAAUUGAACGAAUUAAUCCCAGCAGUGGAAGAGCCAUGCGCUGAACCAAAACCGCCUGUGCCAAAUCUUGAAUUGGACCAGACUGUCCGUAUGGUUGCAGAGGCUUAUUCUGAACCAGAACCAAUUGCGCCAAAGGUGGUAGUAUCCCGUUUGCAAGCCGGUGCGCCAAUCAUCGAGCCAAGAGGAUCUAGUCCCACCGAGAAGCGAUCAGAGAAGGGAGCCCAUAUAGAGUCAGAAAAUAUCAAUCCCGAGGUGGAAGAAUCUCAACGCGUUUUCGAAACGCCGCAAGAUGCGCUUCUUGUGUUGACGAACCACGAAGUCGAGGAUCCCGAGCCAAUUGGCCAUGAAUCUUUCCUCUCCACGGACAGUGACUCUGUCUUUCCUGAAGUUUCUGACCCAGAUACUUCUCUAAGCCCUCGCGAUCGUGACAUCAUGGCAGCUGAGAUGCGUGUGAAUGAGGAGCCCAGGGAGAGCCCCAAAAGCCCCCGGAGCGUUGUCCCAGAAAGCAUCCAAACCCCAACGCAGCCCAAGUUUCCCCGCGAACGCUCGAUCAAUACUCCUACCUCUGCAAGCCCGUCUCCAUCGCGCAUUCCAUUGCCAGUAACACCAAAGGUGGAGAACAAGGAGAAUAUUCGUCCACAUAUGGCAUCUCAUCGAUUUACACCGACUCGCCUGGCCAUAGUGGAGUCUAUCGAAAAAGAUCCUUUCACCCAGACGCCUAUCGCUGAUGGAAGGCCCACGAGUCCUAGUGCUGCUGCGCCACGAGCAACGGAUGUUCGUCUAAGCGACGUUGAACCAGGCCAGGCCUUCAAGCAGAACGUAGGCGAACAUCACGGUAUUGAAGAUGAUGAAACUCUGCAGAAAGGGUCUGGAAGCGAGGCAUCGCAGUUGGCUGUACAGGAUGAACUUGUCAAUUCGCUGGAGACCCCUUCCCGUGUGAAGCUUGCGGACGACCCCCCGGCUCGCGACGCUGUUUCUCAUAAGACGCCGACGGAAAAGCCUUCUGAAGCUCUCGAGGUGCCUGAGCGGAAGGCCCCUCAGUCAGACUCUCUGCAAGUGGCGUUACAGUCUACAGUUGAAAAGAAUGCGGACCCCGGCCCCUCGAAGAAAAAGCCUCUCCAGAGUCCGAUUAAGCUCUCCAAAAGUCGGCCGGCCCGGCUCAGCUUGGACAAGAAGUCUCCCAAGGGCCGAACUCGCCGCCCUUCGACCGUGUCCAUCAACUCCAUAUCCGACAAUUCUUCUCUUGCGUCCGACCCCGCAGAAAUUGCUCCUCGCACGGGAUCAUCGGGCGAGGCACCACCUCUGCCUCAGAUUCGCCCGGAAUUCAUCCAGCCCGACUACACUUCGUCGCGUGACUACCAUGUCUUACGCGGAGAUCACCUUCGCCGGUUGGAGAAUCGAAACCCACAUGCUCGACCCAUCCUUCAUGAGGACCGUUCUGUGAGCUUGCCUCUCGAACGCUUCAUAAAUGAGAAACUAGACCUUGACCUGAACCCAGAACAAGUGCCAGAAGUGCCUCGUUUGCGAUCCGCUGGCAAGGCGUCGGUGCCCGUCCAAUCUUCUCGAGGCGCUGCUUCCACACCAACAACGCAAGCUCUAUCUAUCCCCAAGCGCCGCCCGGCUCUGAGCCGUGGCAAGUCUUCCUCCAAUCUUAGAGAUAGCGACUCAGUUUCUGUUGCAAGCAGCUACGAUAUCAACCGACCGACCUUUGGUCAGAAUACCGCCCGCCGUGCUUUGCACCAUCACGAACAACCCAGAUCAGUUCGGUUGCAAAAGCGCUUGACUGCUCACCGCAGUCUGGAAAGUCUAGGCCUUCAAAGACAUGAGUUGGACUACGUGGAAGAGGACGAAUCAGAAUUGCUCGACCCCGGUUCUCGUACCUCCUCCCCGGGUAAAAGGAAAACAAGAGAUCACCUCGACGAGAAGAUCAAUUCCAUCCUCAGCACGCUCCCUGGCCGCAUCCACCUUGUUGAUCCCAGCAACGAGGCAGACACUUCAUCCUCCUCAUCGUCCAUGGAUCGCAAAAUGCGCGAGAGGUAUCUUUCGGAGUCUCCCCGUGGCCCUCAGUCUCGCAGCGUCACUCCCGCUCCAUCAUUGACCCUCAUGCCGGCGGCAAGAAGACGCCUGUCUCACGCCCACAAGACGGAGGACAGUUAUGUAAAAUUAUACCAUCUUCAUCACGGGGGUCAGGCUGCGCCGACCAAACUUUUUGUCCGAACCGUCGGCGAGGACGGGCAGCGAGUCAUGGUUCGUGUUGGAGGCGGCUGGGCCGACCUGGGCGAAUACCUCCGCGAAUAUGUCAUCCACCACGGCCGUCGCAAAGUCUCGGAAACGCCUUUGGUGGAAGUCCAAGGCCUCGCGCCUCGGUCCUCCCCUGGCUACCCAUCCCCCACUACUCUAUUCUCCCCCCCACCCUCUACCCACAUCUCCGGGCGCGCCACUCCAUCCCGACCCCCUUCUGCUCUCAGCGCUCGCCCCGCUUCCUCCCUCACCGUGCGGAAGACCCGCCGUGGCUCCAACGCAUCAGACGCAGUUGCAGCGCGGUCGGUCACGACGGGCACCUUGCAUCUUCACGCCUCACCUCCCGCACCGCCUUCUACGCGCCGCCGUCUCUCCAUAUCCUCCACCUACUCCUCUGGCGGCCCGCAUACCCCCGGCCAUCCCAGCACGGGUCCCCACGAGGCCCGCUCGGCUCCUCUUGGCCUCGCCGGCCCCAAACCCCGCUCCCGACAGGUCUCAAUGAGCCCCGAGGGCGAAGCAUGGGUAGAGAACGUGCUCCAAAAGACACGCCGCUCUACCUCCCUGAAUCCGCCCCCCUUCGCGCUGAACGUGUCUCCGGGCCAUGAGAAUGCCGCGGACCCCGAUGCCCAUGACCACCCUGUCCACGAUUCUCAUGACCAGCCAUCUUUGCCAAAAGUCAGGAGUAUUAGCGACAUGGGAGCUGCUGGCACAAGCCGGCGGGUUGUUUUACGGGGUCUUGGCAGUCACCGAUAA